UCGUUUCACGCUUAUGGCUCCUGUAAGAGGGUCCAAAAAGAGGAAGAAGACUGAGAAGAAGCCUGAAGAGAAUGCUUAUGCUUCUGGGUCCUCCGAGAAGGACGGUCCUCUAGAUUGGUGGGAUGAAUUAGUCAGGAGAAUUAAUGGUCUUCAGUCUCCAUCAAAACGUUUAGACAAGUUUGAAUCUGUUUUUAAGAUGUCCCGGAAAACCUUUGACUACAUAUGUUCACUUGUAAAGGAAGACAUGAUGGUGAAGUCAGCUCAUUUUGUGUUUGCGAAUGGCAAGCCUAUGUCUUUAUGCGAUCAAGUUGCUGUUGCAUUAAGAAGGCUGAGCUCCGGUGAUUCACUUGUCACAAUUGGCGAUUUGUUUGGGCUGAACCACUCAACCGUCUCCCAAGUGACGUGGCGAUUUGUGGAAUCCAUGGAAGAAAGGGGGCUUCACCACUUACAUUGGCCUUCCACAGAAGCGGAAAUGACAGAAAUCAAGUCCAAAUUUGAGAAAAUCCGGGGCUUCCCUAAUUGUUGUGGGGUCAUUGAUACCACCCACAUUGUGAUGUGCUUGCCUGCUUCAGACCCCACAGGCGAUGUGUGGCUUGAUCAUGAGAAGAAUCACAGCAUGGUCUUGCAAGCUGUCGUGGAUGCCGACAUGAGGUUCCGGGACAUAGUCACUGGAUGGCCAGGAAAAAUGAAGGAUUGGUUGGUUUUUGAGAGCUCAAAUCUCUACAAACUUUGUGACAAAGGAGAGAGGUUGAAUGGAAAGAAGGUAGAGAUUUCCAAAGGAUCAGAAAUAAGGGAGUACAUAGUUGGUGAUUCUGCCUAUCCUUUACUUCCCUAUCUUGUGAUCCCCUAUGAAGGAAAAGAACUUUUGGAAUCAAAGGCCGACUUCAAUAAGCGUCAUUCUGCAACGAGGAUGGUCGCUCAACGCGCAUUAGCUAGGCUGAAGGACAUGUGGAGGAUCAUUCAAGGAGUAAUGUGGAGACCUGACAAACACAGAUUACCAAGAAUCAUUCUUGUAUGCUGCUUGCUUCACAACAUUAUCAUAGAUAUGGAAGAUGAGGCGCAGGAUGAGAUGCCAUUGUCUCACAACCAUGACUCGAAUUAUCACCAAGAAGUCUGCGGAACCACAGACAACGAAGGUACGAACUUGAGAGAAAAGCUCUCUCUUUACUUGUCUGGAAGGAUGCCACCUUAACUGCGUUCCAUUUCUAAUUGUUCAAAUAGUUGUUUAAAGAUUGUUUGUCUUUUAAUCUACAUAAUUAAUUUUCCCCGAGACAGACUCCCUUGAAAUGAAAGUUAUAUUACAGGAUCUUUUGUUUUAGACAAAAGUUUGA